CCGUUAAUAACGGAAGCGGAAGCGGACAGCGCGGAGAGAAGGUGGCCCUGCUGAGAAAUCGACCUCUAAAGACUCUUGUCUGAGAAAGAAGCCCAGAAGAGGAGGGAGAGGAAAGAAAAGGAGUCUGGAAUGGCUCUUUCUCAGGCACAGUUGACCUUCAAGGAUGUGGCCAUAGAAUUCUCUCAGGAGGAAUGGGAAUGCCUGGACCCUGCUCAGAGGGCCUUGUACAGGGACGUGAUGUUGGAGACCUACAGGAACCUGGUCUCCCUGGAUAUCUCUCACGUACAUGUGAUCAAGAAAUUACAACUAAAUGCAAACACUGAUAGAGCAGAAGUAUUCCAAACACUGAUAUUGGGAAGACAUGAAAAAAUCAAGCAUUUUUACCUCAGGGAAAUCCAGGAAAAUGUACAUGACUUUGAGUCUCAGCCAAGAGAUGAGGAAAGAAAUUAUAAAGGAAUGCCUAUAAACCAUAACAAAAAGCUGGCUGAUAAGAGAGAUCGACAUGGUAGAAGUGUUGCAGGAAUCAAGCCUAUUGAAAACAGGCUGGCAUUAAGCUUUCAGGAUGAACUGCAUAUUUUCAAAAGUGAAGAGAAAAUUGAUGAAUUUAAUCAAGCUGACAAGAGUAUCAGCAUUAGUGCCUCAUUUUCACCACUUCAAGGAACUUCUCCUACUGUCCAAACCACCAUUUCUAAUUCAUAUGAGAAUGAUUUUAUACAUCCAUCAAUACUGACACAAGACCAGAGUGCAUGCAUGGAAAGCCCUUACAAAUGUAAUCAGUGUGGCAAAACCUUUCAUCAGGGCUUAAAUCUCACUCAGCAUCAGUUGAUCCAUACAAAAGAGAAAAUGCUUAAUUGUGAUGUAUGUUGCAAAGUCUUUAGUCGAAAUUCAGACCUUGCAAUUCAUCGAACAAUUCAUACUGAAGAGAAAUCAUACAAAUAUAACGAGUGUGGCAAAACCCUUAAUCAUGGCUUGCACCUCACUGGACAUCAGAUAAUCCAUACAAAAGAGAACUUAUAUAAAUGUGAUGUAUGUGAAAAAGUGUUUAGUCAAAGUUCAUACCUUGCAGUUCAUCAGAGAAUUCAUACUGGAGAGAAACCAUACAAAUGUAAUGAAUGUGGCAAGGUCUUUAGUCAGAAUUCAUACCUUGCAAAACAUCGCAGAAUUCAUACUGGAGAGAAACCUUACAAAUGUAAUGAGUGCGGCAAGGCUUUUAGUCAAAAAGGAAACCUUGCAAGUCAUCAGAGAAUUCAUACUGGAGAGAAACCUUACAAAUGUGAUGAGUGUGGUAAGGUAUUUAGUAUUAGAUCAACCCUUGUCAGUCAUCAGAUAAUUAUACUGGAGAGAAACACUACAAAUGUAAUGAGUGUGGCAGAACCUUUUAUUUUGGCUCACACCUCAUACAACAUCAAAUCAUCCAUUCAGGAGAUAAGCCAUAUAAAUGUGAUGUAUGUGGCAAAGUCUUCGGUCAAAAUUCAUACCUUGCAGUUCAUCGGAGAAUUCAUACUGGGGAGAAACCUUACCAAUGUAAAGACUGUGGCAAAAUCUUUAAUCACAGCUCAAACCUCAGGAGACAUCAGAUAAUCCAUACAGGGCAGAAAUUAUGUAAAUGUGAUAUAUGUGGCAGAGUCUUUAGUUAUAAUUCAUACCUUGCAAUUCACCGGAGAGUUCAUACUGGAGAGAAACCUUACAAAUGUAGUGAGUGUGGCAAGGUCUUCAAUCGGAAUUCAAAUCUCGUAAUUCAUCAGAGAAUUC